UCGGCCGGCGUCGCCCGCUGUGCGCUGUCCGGCACUCGGCAGCGGCGUGUCCGCGCGUGGGGGGCCCCGAGAGCCGCAUGGCCGCCAUCAGGGCGCUGCAGCAGUGGUGCCGGCAGCAAUGUGAGGGCUACCGGGACGUGAGCAUCACCAACAUGACCACGUCCUUCCGCGACGGCCUGGCCUUCUGUGCCAUUCUGCACCGCCACCGGCCGGACCUCAUCAACUACGAUGCCCUCCGGAAGGAGAAUGUCUAUGAGAACAACAAGCUGGCAUUCCAGGUGGCGGAGGAGGAACUGGGGAUCCCGGCCCUGCUGGACGCAGAGGACAUGGUGGCCCUGAAGGUGCCUGACCGGCUGAGUAUCCUGACCUAUGUGUCUCAGUACUACAACUACUUCCAUGGACGGGCACCCAUCGGCGGUAUGGCCGGUGUGAAGCGGUCUUUGGGGGAUCCAGAUGCAGAACCUUCUGGAAAGAAAGUGCUGGCCCAGCCCAUCAGUCCAGGCCAGACAAAGCCCCAUGCCCACAGCACCCAGCAGAAGAAGGAGCAGGGAGCAGAGGGCCCUCCCCCCCCGAAGGCCGGCCGUGCUGGGGGCAGUCCGGUCAGCAGCGCGUGUGGCAUCUGCGGGCGGCAGGUGCACCUGGUGCAGCGCUACCUGGUCGAGGGGCGGCUCUACCACCGCAGCUGCUUCAGGUGCUCCAUCUGCUCCAGCACCCUGCACGCCGGGAGCUACCGGACCACGGGGGAGCCGGGCGUCUUCAUUUGCACCAGCCAUCAGCCCAGAGCCACGGACGCCGGGCCACGGGGGACCGUCCCCACGGAACCCCUGGCUGCCAGCGCCCCACGCCUGGACUCCGGUCGGAGCCCUGUGUCUCCGAGCCCCACGUCUGCCCCGGCCUGGACCCCAUCAGCCUCCAGGACACAGGGGGCCCGGGAGAGAUUCAUGCAGACGCCAGCAGCCCCGGGCCCCUCCCGGGAGCAGGCGCUGAGCUUCCUCCAAAAGGCCCUGCCAGGACCCGGCAAUGCCAGCACCCCCCGGCCCUCCACGGCCUCAGAUUCCCACCCUGGCUCAGCGAAGGGGCCACGAGCAAGUCCAGUGGCCAGCCGGUCUUCCCAGGCCCUCGGUGCUCUCGGGAAGACUCAGUCAUCUGUGCCCCCAAGGGUGGGCAUCUCCCCUGCAGCAGGCGGGAGCCGGGGGACCAUGGAGGUGGACAGUGCCAGCGCCAGGCCCAAGCCCGAAGCCUCACUGGCAAAGGGCCCCGGGGGCAGCCCUGCAGCAAGUGAGGAGGACCCUGCGGCAUGGAGGAGCCGUCUGAAGCCUGUGCAGAAGGGUCCAGCGGGGAGGACUCUGGAGGUGAAGGAGCCAGCGAAGGCCAGUGAGGUGCCCCGGAAGUUCUUGGGGAGCCCCAAGGGGGACGCCCACAUCACCCUGACCCCUGUGCGGCCAGCUGACCCUGGGUCCCGACCCCCAGCUGCCUCCCCGGGCCCCGCCCCGCGCAGGAAGCUGCUGGUGUCCCCCGGCCUGAGACUCUCGGAAGACUGGAUCCAGCACAAGCCCAGCGGCCAGCAGGAGAGGACGGAGCCCCAGCCCCGGGGGGACUCAGCCCCGGGCCUGCCCCCCGACUGCUGCUCACCCCGCCGUCCACAGCUGCCCGCCGACUACCUGCCACCCGCCGAGAUCCAGAGGCAGGUCCAGGCCAUUGGGAACCAGCUGGACGCCUUGGAGCGCACUGGCGUGGGGCUGGAGCAGCGCCUGCGGGCAGCCGAGGGGGACCCCUCCGAGGACGCGCUCAUGGUUGAGUGGUUCCACCUCAUCCACGAGAAGCAGCUACUGCUGCGGCUGGAGUCGGAGCUGAUGUACAAGGCCAGGGACCAGCGCCUGGAACAGCGGCAGCUGAACCUGCAGGACGAGCUGCGGACCCUGAUGGCCAUGCCGGAAGCUCUGAAGUCACCCCAGGACCGGAAGCGGGAGCAGGACCUGCUGGGCCAGUACGUGAGCACCGUGAACGAGCGCAGCGACAUCAUUGACUUCCUGGAUGAGGACCGGCUCAGAGAGCAAGAGGAAGACACGGUGCUACAGAACAUGAUCGACACACUGGACCUCCAGAGGAGCAGUGGGGACCAGAGGAAGAAGCCCAAGUCCCGUCGGUCCCGCUUCUGGUCCCUGAAAGGCAGAACCAAAACCCCCGAGUGA